AUGGCUGCCAUGGAGGAAUUGCUGGCGCCCGCGGUCCAUGCCCCUUUACAACCGGCGUCUUCCUCCCUCCUCUCACGACGUCGCAAGUCUCGCUCGCAUUCCUCGGCAGCAAGUUCAGCACCACAGGUUGAUCAGACGUCCCCGGAGGUGAUCACGUCUUUGAUAUCGUCUCUGUCCACCAUUUCCGUGCCUCUCCAGACACAUUUCGACAACGUCCCGCGUCUUGAUUUAGAUACGGGCCCUUCAUCACCAAUUUUUUCGGUAUUUUUUCCAUCGGAGCUUCAGCCUGCUGCAGACCAACAUCCGCCGAGCGAUCAUGGGUUUGGAGUGAGCUACGGAGCGCAACCGGCCUCUGAAGAAGGAUCGAACAAUCCGUUUCUGCAUCCAGAUGAUGCUGCUGAUGCGCCGGUCAUCCGCAUGGCCAGAGCUCCGCCAUCUCCCAAGCCGAAAACUGCUAUCGUCCCUCCUCCUCCCGUGAGACCUCCUUCCAGGAGUUCUUACACAUCCACAAAAGCGGCAGGUGAGGACGGCGCAUUUGGUAUGAUCACUUCGGAACCUGGCCCCCGAGUGUCAACCGCACCGAGCAUCGCAUCCACCGGUUCUUCUGGGCGAAGGAGCCUUAAAAGCCAACUCGGUCUACUGAAGAGAUCGUCGCGCGAGUUUAUGAGCGACAAGGAUAAACACGCAGACCGGCUACGGAAAACAAGUAGUUACAACGAUAGCCUGAGACACAAUAUCCCUCGCAGUCGAACCAGCUUGCGGUCCAUGCACUCCAUGGCCGAUGUUGCCGAGGAGGCGCGGCUGGAUCACUUUUCCAAGGAAGCACGUCACGAAACUGCCGCCAGUGCCCCGCCGAGCAGGGAUCGUUCAUCAUCGCAAAGCGCGCGCGCAAGUAUUAGCAGCACACCGGGGGGUAUUGGUAGUGGGAGGGUCAUUCCGGCCCGCGAGUCGUCAUUGCGACAUAGCUUUUCCUCCAGCCCGAGGAAGCGCGGGUCCACUCGCCAUAGCAGGUACUCUUCUACUGCCAGUCGGGAGAUGAAACCGGAUAGGAAUGGCGGCGAUGAUGUUGGCAGCGAAGCCGAGCAGGUCACAAGGAGGAUACAGGAAUUGAAGGAUCAACAGCAGCGAAUCAAAACCGAAUUGGAAACGGACGACAGCCCAGAAAAAUCUUCCAAGGGAUCACUACCUCAGCCAGCUCGGCCUGUACGACGAUCAACCGACAUGGAUCAGCAUGUCCAUGGAAAUGGGAGCUCUGCCUUCGAAGAGAGCGCUCCGGCGCCAGCUGUUAUGACAGGGAAAAGCCGGACAGUGACUCGGAAUGAAUCCGCGCCCAUCUCAAAGAAUCCCAAUCUACCUCUGCAAGGUUACGCAGCUCGGCAGUCUUUCGACAAACCAGGCUCAACUGAGAGGCUCCGAUCUAGGCGAUCAUUGGAGCCGUCGACCCCAACCCGUGACCACAAGCGUGCUCCAUCUAAUCCAGCCUCACCAAACCAUGCUUCCGUCAACGAAGAACGGCCGUCGAGCGCCGACUCAAUUGACUUCGCGGUACUCGAGUACAUCUCGUCUCCGAAACUUACCCAAAAGGUUCCUCAUCCUACUACCGGCCGUGCAAUUGCCUUUUCGGAGGUCGGCGACCCUAGGGGUCAUGUCGUCUUAUGCUGUCUCGGAAUGGGUCUUACUCGAUAUCUUAUGGCAUUCUACGACGAAUUGGCCCGCUCUCUUAAUCUCCGACUCGUGACAUUGGAUCGCCCGGGUGUAGGGGAGAGCGCGCCGUAUGCGGAGGAGGCAGGGAACCCGCUCAGUUGGCCAGACGAUGUUGCAAUUGUGUGUAAUCAUCUGAAAGUCAAUAAAUUCUCAAUUCUAGCUCACUCUGCCGGCGCGAUCUAUGCCUUGGCAACAGCGCUCAGGAUUCCACAACAUAUCCGCGGCCGUAUCCACCUCCUGGCCCCGUGGAUUCCGCCAUCCCAGUUAUCGAGCAUCGGGUCACAAAAGGAACCCGUACCUACCAAUGCUGUUCCUUACUCCCAGAGGAUUUUGCGGGCCCUGCCUGCCUCAUUCCUCAAAGUUGCCAACUCGAGUUUCAUGAGUGCCACAAGUGCUAGUAUUACCUCAAGUUUGCCGAAAGCUCCUCGCCGGACCCGACGCAGGGCGACGUGGAAAGAGUCGGCCCCCACCACGGCCGCUGAAUCCAACGGAUCUGGACGGACUCAGUCCAAGAUUCACCAACAGGGGGACGAUCUGAAAGCGCUUCAGAACAUAAAGCCACCCACCGUGUCGACAGGCACGCAUUUAAAGAAAGCCGAAGCCACCCUGGGCCAGACGGCGGCUAUUCUGAACGAAGACCGGGAGCGCCAAUCUGAUUAUGAUAACAGAUUGACGCACAAGAUAUGGGAGCUAGCCACUACCAACGCCAACCCGGCAGUCGAUCUCCUGGUCUGCCUGGAACGUCAUCAAUCCAUUGGAUUUCGCUAUGUCGAUAUCACUCGUAACGUUGUCAUGCACCAUGGGAGCCGAGAUACUCGCGUCCCCGUGGAUAAUGUUCGGUGGUUAGGCAAGACCAUGCGACGGUGCGAAGUCCGGGUCCUUGAGGGUGAAGGCCAUGGCUUGAUGGCUUCUGCAACCGUCAUGGGCAAUGUGCUAAUGGAGAUAGCCAAAGAAUGGGAGGACUGGAUGACCAUUGUUCAAGGCCGGCGUCGGGGAACGGUGGGACCACGCCCAGCACUACCAUCGUGA